UUCUGUUUGGGUUUCCGAACAUAUUAUUCGUCACUCUCUGUCUAAAUUUAACCCAAAUCGGAUCGCGAUGGCGUAAUAUUGGAAAUUAUUAUUAGGGUUUUGACUUUGAUUCUGAUUUGCAAUUUUGCUCUCUCCCUUUUGGUUAAAUUUGUGAGGCUAUUAUCCUCUCUCUUUCGGUAUUGCCUUUCAAACUGCUAAAAUCAAAUUUAGCUUUUGGGUUUCAAUUCAAAUUACUAAAUUCCAAAUUCAGCUUUCAGAUUUUUGUUAUUUCUGUGGAGCCAUUCAAAGGCUUUGAUGCAGUGAACUCAGAAAAAGAAUGAGAAGAAAGUGUAGGAUUUGGUGGCCCAAAUUCCUUGCUUCAAGUGAAUUGUCAUCCAGACAUUUAUUGUUUGGUUGGUUUGUUUCAUGCUCUUCUGCUUGUAUUGAUAUUGUUGUAGCUUGUGCUUGCGAUGAGAUCUCGCUUUCCUGCUGCCAAUCUAAUCUUCAGGAGGUCCUGUCCGACACAAACAGCAACAUGCCUGUAUUUCUAAAGGAUAAAGCAGUGUUUGCUCUGCUAGGUCAGGCUGCUGCAUACGCUACUAGCACUGGAAGUAUGUUAAAGUUUGGAAUGGAAGAAGAUAAUUUGAAAAAGUCCUGGACCAAUGGCAUUUCUUCUGCAACAAGCAGGCAGGAUAUGUUCAGAGAAAAUCAUGGAAGAAAAAGAUGUGGGUGCCAUCAACUUAAUGGAUUAGCAGAAAACAGUUGGGAAGCUUCUGGUGAAGAUACCUGCUGGAUCCAGUUGGUAUAUGAUUCUCAUGAACAAUAUGGUAGAGAUUCUUGUUGGCUUCCUAAAUUGCAUCACAUUCAUUGGAAUGGGCAAGUAUUAUCCCAAUUAGAUGUCCACGUAAUAGAGUAUGAAACUCCCAUGUAUGGCUCGCACCAUUUCUCACUAAAUUCUUGUAUCCAAUCUGAGCAAGUGAAAGCUCCCCUGAAGAAACUCAAAUGGGUUGAUGAACUUGACAGGAGCCAGCCUCUUUAUUUUAACUUGGAUACUGUCAUUUUGGCAAUCAACAGCGCAGUUGCUGCUAAAACAGUUAUUGAGAAACACAUGGAGACUAGGAGAUCCUGUGCUUGUUUUUCGAUCAUCUAUGCGUGUCUUGGCUUUAUGUGGCAUGUAUUUGCCAUUUCUGUUGCGUCAGUGUCUACUCUAUUCUACGUCACUCUUCAGAUUUUUUAUAGCUUUUCAAGUAGGGGACUAAAAGAUGUAGAGAUAUAUAAUACAUCAGCAAGGAUUUUCUGCACUACAUGGACAAAUAUUAAAAUCCGCUGUUCUCAGAUCUCAUAUUGGCCUAUUUUUCUUCAAGACAAUGGACUUAGAUUGCGUUCAUGUGUGGAAUUUGCGGAGAAUGCUGCAUUGCUUAGGCAUUCUAUGUGGUCAAGUUUAGCUGUUGAUCUUCUUUUAGGCAACUUAUUUGGCCUAUCACUGUUAUUUAAUGCAGAAUCUACUUGCUUAUGGCUUUCUACCUUUGCUACUGACUUUACCAAUGAGUUGUUGCGCUCAGGGUGUGUGUGGUUAAUGGGAGUACCAGCAGGUUUCAAAUUGAAUACAGAGCUGGCAGGAGUACUUGGCAUGAUCUCUCUUAAUGCAAUACAAAUUUGGUCUACCCUCUGGAUUUUUAUUGGUUUUCUUGCAAUUUAUUUCAUCAAAGGACUUGCUGUGUUGGGAAUUCUUUUCGGGGCGACUAUUCCUGCCGCUAUGAUCAUGGACAUAGUUGCUCUAGCAACAUUUCAUGUGACAACUCUUCACCGUGCUAUGUCACUGUUGUACUCACGUCAGAUUCAAGCAUUAGCUGCUUUGUGGCGUCUUUUCAGGGGCCGGAAGUGGAAUCCUCUUCGUCAGCGAUUAGAUAGCUAUGACUACACUGUGAAGCAACAUACUGUUGGAUCCCUUCUGUUUACACCACUUUUACUUUUAUUACCAACAACCUCUGUUUUCUACAUUUUCUUCACCAUUUUGAACACAGGCAUCACCUUUAUUUGUGUAUUGAUCGAGGUCACUAUAUCAGUUAUUCAUGGUACCCCUUAUAUCAAAAUUCUACUUUGGUUGGUGAGACGGAGAAGAUUUCCCUCUGGGAUAUGGUUUGAAAUUGUAUCUUGUCAUAGUGGUUCUCUGGAGUUUGUAUAUUGUAUCAGUCCACCAUCUGAUGAUUCACAAAAAAGAGAAGGAAGCAAAAAGAGAUCUAGUACUGUGGUUUCAACUCUCCACAGCAACUUCUUGAGCAUCGGACAAGUAGUCUCGCCUCACUACAAGAAGAUAUUCUCUGGGGUUUCUAGUUUUGUCACUGCAUCAGCUUAUGGAGCUCUUACUGGCACAAGAACAUCAUCCACUUUUGGGACGGCACUUCCUUCAACAAUGCCAUUAAUGACUAUCCCCGGCAAAGAGUAUUGGUGCCUCUGCUAUAAUUCAGUUCUUGCGUGCAUGACAGAAUGUGAUCGUCGCCCUUGUCAAUGAUCUGAUACCCUUUUGUUGGACCUGAGCGCAUGAAUCCUGCGAUGAUGCCUUUAUUCAUUCUUUUAUUUUAUUGCCUGAAAAGUUUUGUAGAUCCCUUUAACCGUUAGAUGAGAUUUGAUGGUUUGUUGGACUGGACAGAUGUUUGAAGGCUGGUAAUGAACAUCUGUGCAAGUGUUUGAUCAUUUACUCUCCCGACCAAAACAGCUCACAGAGCAAAGCAGAGGCACCUAAUUCGAUCUUCCAUAUUCUGCUGGAUGAUGUUGGUCAUUACGACAUCUGCACUUCUCAAUUUUGGAUUAAGAUGGAAAAAAAUUAUAUAGGAAAAUACGUGAGAUUAUGAACCCAAACUGGAAUUUUGAUUUGAUUCAGGUACUAUAGAUUUGCAUUCAGCCAUGGGAUGCUGGCUUUACUCAUCUACGGCGGCAAAUUGCUGAUUGAUUGCUGGACCUGAUGUAUAUAGCAACAAGAACUUGUAUUAUAUUUCUUUUCCGGUCGAUUAGAAUGUAGUAUGCAUGCUGUAUUGAUUCCUGACAGAAUUUCUUAAAAGUCCAUCACUAGUAAAGGCUAGUCUGAAUGUUUGUUCGGAUUCAAUAGAUGUAUUUUAUGUAUUGAUAAUUCUAGAAUUGUGGCAAAAUGUCUUGCAAAGGAUAAGUUUAUUUUCAGUUGAAA